AUGUCGGUCAUGACUAGUCAACCACCGCCUCCAUCACGGAGCUCAACCGGCCUCAACUUCCUGUCCAAAAUCAAGUCACACAAAGAACCCAAGUAUUCGACCCCGCAAAGACCAAGAUCCGUUCGCCGAAGCGGCAGUUAUGGAAGCAGUAAUGACCAGACGAGGCGAGCGUCGUUGUUUUCAGUGCCCGCACAGGAAGGAGCAGGGCUGAAGUCUCGACGUCUUAGUGCCAAUCCUCUAGAUGAGUUUGUGGUUGACGUGUGCCCUCUGGAAGACGAGUUUGUGUCAGCAUCCAAGAUUGGUCGGCGGAAGGAGGUCGGUAGAGGCGCUAGUGCAACUGUGAAGAUCAUGCUGAGAAGAGGUGACAAAAGAUCCGACGGUGCCCCUCUGUUUGCUGUGAAAGAGUUCCGAAAGCGGUCGACAAGAGAAACAGAGGAAGAGUAUGUUCGCAAGGUCAAGUCAGAAUACACUAUUGCUAAAUCUGCGAAUCAUCCCAAUAUUGUCAGGACUGUUCGGCUGUGCACGAGCAACGAUCGGUGGAAUCAUGUGAUGGAGUUCUGCCAGCAAGGUGAACUUUUCAGUCUCGUUGAGCGAAAGUAUUUCAAGGCCGAGGACCGUAAUUGCAUCUUCAAGCAGGUACUGAGGGGUGUUGGUUACUUGCACGAACAUGGCAUUGCCCAUAGAGACAUCAAGUUGGAGAACCUGCUCAUGACCGACGAAGGACACAUCAAGAUUACAGACUUUGGAGCGUCGGAGGUAUUCUGUGGUGAUCAUCCCGGCAUUGCAUCAUCUCGAGGACUUUGCGGUCAAGGGAUGCGGGAACAUCGAAUGUCGCCAGCAGGAAUCUGUGGAUCGAGACCGUACAUUUCUCCUGAAGUGCUUGCCGAGAACCGAGAGUAUGACCCUAGCAAGCUCGAUGCUUGGAGCUGUGGUAUAUUGUUCAUGACGAUUUUCUUGGUCGGCAAUCCAUGGCAGAGUGCUCGCAAGCACGAGUCCAACUACGCAGCAUUCUUGAAAGGCUGGGAGGCCUUUCUUUCUGGAUCCGACGAGGCGGCCAUCGAUGAGAACAGCUAUCCUCAGUGUGGUCCAAUUUUCAAUGCUUUGCCUUCACAUUCACAGCGUCGUUGUAUACUCAAAUUGCUUCACCCAGAUCCUAACCAGCGAUGCACUGUGGUUGAGGCGCUAAAUGAUCGGUGGAUCAAAAGCAUCGAUUGCUGCUCACCAGAAACUCUGGGACCGACCUUCACCAACAUUGAUGUGACGAAGAUGGGGUCUGAUAGAAUAGCUGCGAGAAUGCGAGUACAGGCAAAGCACAACCAUUUGCCGCCACCAGUAAAGCGAUUACCACAACAUCGAUUUGACAUGGGCGAUGGUACGUCAAGAUAUGAUUGA